AUGGCCUCAUCCUCCUCCUCUUCCUCCUCCUCCCUACGAGCACAGCAUUCCGCUCUCCUCAGCGCCUUCCAAUCCUCCUCUGCCGACCCCAAAUCCUUAGGCUCCCAGCUCACAAAGCUCAAAAUUGCCCUCACUCAGCAAGGCCUCUUGGCUCCUCGACCCGAUGAUCCCAGCUUGAGCAAGGACGACCUCCUCCUGGCUAGGGACGUUCUUGAGGUUGGGGCUUUCUGGAGCAUUAGGGUCAAGGAUGUUAGGGGAUUCGAGAGAUAUAUGGAUUUGUUGAGGGUGUUUUAUACGGAUUUGAGCGCUCAACUCCCCCCCUCAUCCAACCACGAGCCCCUCCUCGGCCUAACCCUACUCCGCCUCCUCGCGAGCAACGCCAUAGCCCAAUUCCACCUGAUCCUCGAGACGCUCCCUCCUUCCCUCCUCUCCUCCUCCCCUUACCUCCAACACCCAGUACACCUCGAACGUUGUCUCAUGGAAGGCUCCUACUCCAAGGUGUGGCGUAGCAGGGCUCAAGUACCUCGCGAGGAGUAUAGGUACUUUGUAGAGGAGCUAAUGGGGACUAUUAGGGGGGAGAUUGCAAGUUGUGAAGAGAAGGCGUACAGUAGUCUGCCCAUGAGGGAUGCGGCUACGCUUUUGUUCUUUGAGAGCGCGGGAGAGGUAAGCAAGUUUGCUGCUGAGCGCGGCUGGCAAAUCAAUCCGUCGACGCAGACGGUUCAUUUCACUCCUCAGCAACAGCAGCAGCAAGGCAAUCAGCUCGACCCCAAGAGGGCUAUGAUUGCUAGCAACCUGCAGUUCGCUAGGGAGUUGGAGAGUAUCGUGUAA